CUGACGCAGAAAGUGGCUCACCGAGCCGCUCCUACUCAUAAGAAAUGGUUAAACACAACAAUGUUAUCCCAAAUGGGCACUUCCGGAAACACUGGCAGAACUAUGUCAAGACAUGGUUUAAUCAACCUGCCAGGAAAACCCGUAGAAGAAUUGCAAGACAGAAGAAAGCUGUGAAAAUCUUCCCUCGUCCAACUGCUGGGCCUCUCCGUCCUAUUGUUCAUGGGCAGACUCUGAAAUAUAAUAUGAAAGUGAGGGCUGGCAGGGGCUUCUCUUUGGAAGAAUUGAAGGUGGCUGGCAUUCCAAAGAAAGUUGCAAGGACUAUAGGGAUUGCUGUUGAUCAUCGCCGGAAGAACCCUUCUUUGGAGAGUCUUCAGGCUAAUGCUCAGAGGCUGAAGACAUACAAGGCUAAGUUAGUUGUCUUCCCAAGACGUGCUAGGAAACUUAAGGAUGGUGAUUCUGCUCCAGAGGAGCUAGCUACAGCAACACAGGUGCAGGGUAUGUACAUGCCCAUUGUAUGCGAAAAGCCAUCCGUGGAGCUUGUGGAAGUUACUGAAGAGAUGAAAUUAUUCAAGGCAUACUAUAAACUGCGUCUAGAGAGGACGAACCAACGUCACAUGGGUGCAAGGUUGAAAAGAGCUGCUGAGGCUGAGAAGGAAGAUAAGAAGUAGGGAGACGCCUCUUGUUUAGUUUUUCAUUUUUGCUCAUGUUAAGAAAAAAAAAAAUUGAGUUUGAAAAAAAUUAGCCGAUCUUUUUGUGUUUUGAGUUUGAGAAAUUUAACAUUACAAUUUGUGUUUAUAUCAAGUUCUAAGGUAACAUCGGUUUUUAUUU